GUUAUAAACAUAGUAGUACCCACUGGUUUUAAUUGAAUUUAAAUUUUUAAUCGUUGAUAGGAUCAUAGAUAUUUGUAGAUAUUUUUCUACUGGAACAUUGCACAGUGACGAUGGACCAAAUUUAUUUUGAAACUUUAUAGAAUUGAUAGGUUAUGUAUGUGUUAAAUAAGAAGACAUGCAAUUGCAGUUCUCACAGUUACUAUUUAAAAAUAGUUUCCAAAAAAAUGGAUUCAGUAUUAGAUACCUUUUUAAGGAAUCCGCUAGACAAAAACAGUACAAGGCGAAGAAGCUGAUAGGUUUUUCUAAACUGGAGAUAUAUGAAAUAGUAGCAGAUGUCCAAAGUUAUGAUAAGUUUUUACCAUUUUGUACUAAGUCAACUGUACUAAGCCAUCGACCAAAGGAAAUGCGAGCAAAUUUAGUUAUUGGUUUUCCUCCGAUUGUUGAAAAUUAUGAUUCUACGGUUUUAUUCGAUAAGCCUAAUAUUGUAAAAUCAGUUUGUACUAAUGGAACAUUAUUUUAUUAUUUAGAAUCAACUUGGAUAUUCCAUCCUGGUCUGCAAAGUAAUACCAGAUCAUGUAUAAUUGAUUUUUCUAUUAAAUUCAAUUUUAAAUCUGUGUUAUAUUCUCAAGUAGCUUCAUUAUUUUUUGAUAGACUUGUUCAACAAAUGGAAAGUGCUUUUAUGAAUGAGGCUGCCCGAAGGUAUGGAAAACCUUCUAUAAAAACUCAUAUAUUAAAUGAAACUUUUGCAAAUUAACACAUAAAAUAAUUGCAUCAAGGUGUAUUGAGG